CGCGGUCAGACUGAAGUACAACUGUACACUGAACUGUACACUGUAUUCUAGUGUGUUUUGUUCUUCAGAUUAUCGGCGGGUCCACACAAUCUCUCAACAAUCGCUAUUUUAUUUUAUAAUUGUCCGUACUUCUCUGUGGCUAUGGGAUGUGUAUUUCCCCACUCAUCUUUAUUUUCUCUACAAACCGUAUGGCCUACAGGUGGCAGUAAAGUGCGACUACCAGUUGCAGCUGCAUCGCGAGCCCGAGGACGAAGAAGAAGAACGACAGAAAACAUAAAUGGCGGGAGUAGUGUGUGUUUACAUCGACUAUGUACGUACAUCCACGUGUGUGUUAUCUGUUACUGACAACUGUGAACGACGCCAAUGGCUUCUGUCGGUGUGGUAGAGAGUCUUCAUAUCUCAAAUAGAUAACUUACCUUCGGCCAAAGUCGGUCCUCGGUACAUCUCCAGUGAAACCAUGUCCGUCAACGGAAAAGUCAUCCCGCACACACCGCUGGCCGUCGACUUCUGGCAGGUGCGAAAGUGUCCCAACAGCCGGCUCUUUUUCCUGUCCCACAUGCACAGUGACCACACCGUGAGUUUGACUUCCACCUGGAGCAACUGGCCCAUCUACUGCUCACCGACCACUGCCACGCUGCUCAGGCUUAAACUGAAGGUAAAAGAGCAGUGGAUCCAUCCAUUAGAGGUGGGUGAUCAAUACCUUCUGCCCUUGGAUGACAUCGGGAAGGAGAAGCUGAUGGUCACUCUGAUAGAUGCCAACCACUGUCCAGGGGCUGUCAUGUUUCUCUUCGAAGGCUACUUUGGUUCUAUACUGUACACUGGGGACUUCAGAUAUACCCCCACAAUGCUGCGUGAGCCUUGUCUGAGGACAAACGCCACUAUUGAUGUCCUUUACUUGGACAACACCAACUGUGACCCCAACCGCACCCUCCCCUCCAGAAAGCAAGCCACUCUGCAAAUCAAAGAGAUCAUUCGCAGCCAUCCUCACCACAGUGUUGUCAUAGGUUUGUAUGCAUUGGGAAAGGAGGCCCUGCUGGUGGAGCUGGCAAUGGAGUUUAAAACCUGGAUUGAGGUUAGUUUUGUGAGAAUGGAGACCCUCAUAGCUCUAGAGCUGCCCGACGUUUUCACCACCGAUGUGGGAGCUGGUCGUAUUCGAGCGGUGGACCAGUCACAGAUCUGUCGUGCCUCUUUGCAACAGUGGAACGAAGAACAACCGACUUUGGUCAUCUUGCCCACCAGCAGGUCUGUGGUCUCCUGUCACCCCAACCUUCAUGUAGUGCCAUACUCCGACCACUCCUCUUAUCAAGAGCUGGAGGAUUUUGUUUCAGCCCUGAAACCUACCUCCCUCGCACCUAUUGUAGGAAACUGCUUACCAGGAAGUCUCCUUGCUUUACUGCCCAGCAAGAAGCGCCAUGAAAUCCUGGUGCCUGAUUCAGUCCGACACUAUAUGCUGAGACAGCCUGAGAUCCAGAAUUGCUCGUUAGUGUACACCAGCCUGCGCCGCAGACACUUCCAGCCUCUUGCUCCCAAGGGAGUGGUAUUUGAUUCUCCUGUAAGGGGAUCCAAGAGGUCAUUUGGUGACGUCUGUGGAUCACAAAGCCUGGAACAGGAAGCUUGUGAAGAUGAGCUGGACACAGAAAAUAGUGAAAAAGACUCUGAGUGUGUCUUUCCUGACAUUAACAAGAAACUCACCCCUAACAAAAGCAGAGAAGGGGCUGGAGAUGUAUGCUGCCUCAACAUCGUCCCGACAGUUUCUGAUCAUAUGGUAAUAGAGGAGUCAGUGGCACUCCCUCAAUUUACCCAAAGCAACUUUCCUUCAGUUGACAUUGCAAACACCAAGGUCUGCUCAAAGCCUGUCAGGAAAAUGAAAGGGCCUUUUAAAACGAAUGCCAAAGUAAAUGUCACAGCAUUACAUAAAAACCACAGUAUUCAACACAGUGGAUAUGCCGACCUCACACUGUCGAAUGAUGAAAGCAUCAGUGUGCACAGUGGAAAUGGAAUUGAUCAGGAGGGCAGUAUAAUGUCACAUGAUGGUAGCACGAGUCAACACAAAAGAUGUGGAAAUGAUCAGCAAAACUGUUCAUUGUUAACACAGAACAGCCCAAAAAAACAUCUCUGUACUUUGUGUAGCAUAAAUGAACUGAAGGAGGAAUAUCUAGUGGAGCUUGAAAAUAGUCUUUUAAAUCAUCUGCCUUUCCAAGAUGAGGAUUUUCAGGCCUGUGACCUCCAGUUCCACAUCUUCAAAUAAGAUGCAUUAGACACCUCAAGCAAAUAAUGUGACCUGACAUGUGUUUGCCUUACUUUUCUGUGUGUCAACAUUAACUCUUAAAACCCUAAGUACUAUUUACCAUGCUCUGUCUUUGGUAGCUUUAGUUACAGUUUUCUUUGUGGUGCCUUAAUUGUGUGUCAAUUGCCUGGAAUUUAGAAAAUCAUGCUUGUCUGUUGAUCCAUUUAUACAUCUGUAUUAUUUACAUGUCAGUAGCAGAACUCAUUUAUUUGGAGCCUUUUGAAAUGUUGUUGCCAUAUUUCAGACCAGCCCUACUCAUGUUGCCUUUCAUUUGAAUGUUUAACUGAGUUUUGAGAAGAUAAUAAUACAUUUUAUAUUUCAUUCUUAUUAUUAUAAUGAUUAUUAUUAUUAUUAUUAUUAUGGCAGUAUUCAGUUAAAUUUCACCACUAAGGAUAAUGAGAUUACUUUAAAAACAUAUGUGAAAAUACAGCACAGGAAAGAAAAGGCUUGUGAGGCUGUUUUAGAAUCAUCAGAUGCGUGUGUGCUGAAUAGCAGUAUUGCUUCUGAAUGUAUUCAUACUACUGUUUGAGUUGUGUUUUGUUUCCCAUGAUUGCUAUUAUCCCUUUGUGCAUGUUUUGCUUAGAGUUGACAUUGACCAGCGGGGGGCAGAACCGCGGUGCAUCAUUGUCACCUAUAGCACAAAGACUCUGGGUUGAAGUCUGCCCCCCAACUGUAUGGAAUUAACAUGUUCCCUCUGUGCCUGCGUGGGGGUUUAUUCGUGUGCUCCAGCUUCCUCACACAGUUCAUUAAGUGGAAAUUUAAAAUCCCCUGUGUAAUAUACAUGGUUAUAUUAUGAUGUGGCUACUCUGACAAGUGUUGUGUGGGAAAUUUGUGAUGUCAUGUGUUUUUCUGUAAUAUUUGUGUCUCCUUAUUUGCCACUUGUUUAUUACAUACAUUUGCACAAA